UUUUUUUUAUCUAAAUCUGUUAUAUUUACAUACACAAUAUUUUUAAUGGAUUGAAUUUGUUUUAGUAUAUUUUUUAGCUGGCACUUGGUUUAUUUACUGGUAAAAAGUAGGACCAAUAGGGGUGUGGUCAGAAACAGGUAUAGGUGAGCCUAUUUAGUGACUCGGUGGCGGUCUCCUAAAGUUAGCCUAACGCUGAACACUUUGAUGUUUUAGCGUCUUUUUUCUUUUAAAGUGAGUCUACUGGAUGACAACCAUGAAGGAAGAGGGGAACUACGCGAACCGGCCGAGCAACACUGCUUUCACGCAGCAGAGGCUUCCGGCUUGGCAGCCUAUGCUCUCUGCAGGCGUUGUCAUCCCGGGCUUCCUGCUCAUCGGCCUGGCGUUCAUCGGGAUUGGAGUGGGUCUCCUCAUCACUUCAAGGAGUAUCCAGGUGUUGGAGCUGGAUUACACUGGAACUGAGACAUCAUCUCCCUGUUAUCAAUGCACCAUGUCAAACCAGAGUAACUGUGUGUGCAAGCUGAGUUUUUCCAUUGGGACCCUGUUUAAGGGGCCCGUCUUCUUUUACUACGGCUUGACCAAUUACUUCCAGAACCAAAGAAAAUAUGGAGUCUCAAAAGAUUUUAAUCAGCUCAUUGGAGACGUGUCGUAUUUUAAAAGUCCCUCUUCAGACUGUCAACCUUAUCAGCGUGUCAACGGCAAACCCAUCGUCCCCUGUGGGGCAAUAGCAAACAGCAUGUUCAAUGACACAUUCAAGCUGUAUCAGAUCAUAAAUGGAAAGGAAGAACUGGUGCCAUUUGAUGGAAAAGGAAUCGCUUGGUGGACUGACUACAAUAUCAAAUACAGAAAUCCCGAUUAUACGCCUCUGAAAAAUGCUUUUAAUGACACAGAAAAACCCGUUUUUUGGACGAAGCCCGCUUACGAGCUUGACACCUCAGACGCGUCAAACAAUGGCUUCAUCAACCAAGACUUCCUUGUGUGGAUGAGGAGGGCAGCCCUUCCAAAUUUCAGAAAGCUGUAUCGCCGAAUCACAGAGGGGAACUACAAAGAUGGUUUGCCAGCUGGAAACUACUCUCUUGAGAUUUCCUACAACUAUCCUGUUAUAAGCUUUGAAGGGACAAAGAAGGUGACCUUCAGCAACGUGUCCUGGAUGGGAGGACAGAAUGAGUUUCUCGGCAUCGCCUACCUGGUGAUUGGCUCCAUGUGUGUGGUCAUGUCUGUAGUUAUGCUCAUCGUUUAUGCCAAGUUCAGAUUCCCUGAGGAAGAUUGAGGGUUUUCUUUUCUUUUUUAAUAUUAUUAGGGACUGUCAUUCUCUGAGGGGUUACAUCAGCUGUUUUUAAGUUUUUAAAUAUUAUUCUAAGCUAGAAGAAAAACUCUUCUCCUGGUUCAUGCAGAAUCUUUUUAUGAAAUAGAAUAACUUGUUUUGAUUAACUUGGGUGUCUUUUGGAUUAAUUUGGUUUUGCCCUAAGUGAUUAACAAAAAAAAACCUGGAACUUGUUUAGUAGAUUUGCUUCUGUUUGGGUACAUUGUGUUAUCUGUAAGCACAUCUGAGGCAUGAGGCAAAACACUGCCAGUCAAACGAUCAUUGGUUUCCUAGCAAAGUUAUGUUUUUAUGUUAUUUUUAUUUUCUAUUUUUAUUUGUUUAUUUUUGUCUACUGGAGAAAUUCUUUGAGAUUAAAACCAUUAGUCACCCAAAAAGCCACGAGGCUAAACAAUUUAGUACAAACAUGGAGAUUUAAAAUGAUUUUAACAAGGAAAGAAAGUUCAUCAUACUUUGACUCAGGAAACUGGUGUAGAGGCUGUUUUAUUUAUUAUUUUGUGGUGUCUUUUAUUGCUCUGAAUUCAUUUUUGUAAGUUUUGACCCUGUAGAUUUUAGUUUUGGAUAUUUAUUCAGUAAAAUGGUGCAAAACCACUUCAUGUUACUCCUCGUUGUGGGAAUUAAAUUAACUGAAUGCAAACUUUGUAAUGUUUACAGUUUAUCUGUUCCUGUAAAUAAAAUAAAGAUUCAUGCCUCUAA